GUGCUUUCCCACCAUGUCUCUUCUCUUUUCCUCUUCUUCUUCUUUUUCUCUUCAUCUUGUUGACCUUCAUAUUCGUUUUCAUCCAAAUUACUUUUGGCGGUGCUCUGAAUAUCUAGACCUGUCAUGACGCGCUCUGCGGCCCUCAUCGUCGCUCUAGCAGCCGUUCUGGGCGUUGCAAGUGCUUCACCCCGCGAGGAACAGUCGAUUCUGCGUCGAUCUUGUCCCGAUUACCUCUCUUACUCCUCUGUCGGACAUCCCCCGUACAGCGGCGGUGCGUUGAAUCUGCCCUUCCAGCGACCUUCGGUUGAAUGUCGGACCUUCACAUCAUCUGCCGUUGAAACCGUCAUCGAAGAUGUGACAUCGCGGAUGGUCGACAAAGAUCUGGCGCAACUGUUCCGCAACGCUUUUCCCAACACCCUCGACACGACAGUUCGCUGGCAUGUCAACGCCACCCAGACAUCAACAACAACACCACCACCACCAACAGAUGCCCAGAAGCGGAAACGCGACGACGACUCAAGCCCUCAAUGGCAAGGCCCGCAAUCCUUCAUUGUCACCGGUGACAUCAGCGCCGAAUGGCUACGCGACUCAACCAACCAGCUAACUGGCUACCAAGCCCUCGCACCGAAGGACCCUGCCCUACACAACCUCAUCCUCGGCGCCAUCAACACGCAGGUCGAAUACGUGAUCCAGUCGCCCUACUGCAACGCCUUCCAGCCCCCGUCUGCCAGCGGCAUCCAGCCAUCCAGCAGCAGCCAGCAGGACACCGUCACCCCGCCGUACAACUCGUCCGUGGUCUUCGAAUGCAAGUACGAGCUCGACUCCCUCGCCAACUUCCUAGCGCUGGGCACGCAGUUCCACGCCGCCACCAACUCCACGCAAUUCCUGACGCCGCGCUGGUACCGCGCCCUCGACACCCUUUUGCGGGUGCUCGACGCCCAAUCCCAGCCGACCUUCACCCCCGCCCACCAGUUCGUCACAAACGAGUACACCUUCCAGCGCCAGACCACCCUCGGCACCGAGACCCUCGUCCUCGCCGGCGUCGGCAACCCGCUCAACCGCGGCACGGGCCUCAUCCGCAGCGCCUUCCGGCCCAGCGACGAUGCCACCAUCUUGGGGUUCUUCAUCCCCCCGAACGCCAUGAUGGCCGUGCAGCUGCAAAGAACCGCUGACGUGUUGGUCACCGCAGGCGGAAACGCAACCCUCAUCGCCGACCUGCGACGCCGCGGUGAGAACCUCGCGCAGGCCGUCCGCGACCACGGCAUCGUCUCCCACCCGGUCUACGGCAAUGUCUACGCCUUCGAGGUCGACGGGUACGGCUCGCGCAUUCUCAUGGAUGACGCCAAUGUGCCUUCAUUGCUCUCGCUGCCGCUGCUGGGGUUCGUCGAGCAGAAUGAUACCGUGUAUCAAAACACCCGCCGCAUGAUUCUGUCCUCGGAUGGGAAUCCGUAUUUUCUGACUGGGUCGGCGUUUCAUGGGAUUGGUGGGCCGCAUAUUGGCCUGCAAAACGCAUGGCCCAUGUCCCUCCUCGUCCAGGCCAUGACAACAGACAACGAGACGGAAAUCCUCGAGUGCGUGAACCUCGUGCGCAACUCCAGCCUGCUGGGCCUGGUGCACGAGUCCAUCAACGUGAACAAUAUCUCGACGUACACGCGGCCAUGGUUCGCGUGGGCGAAUUCCGUGUUUGCGCAGACGAUCCUCAAGCUCGCGGCGGAGAGGCCGGCGCUGGUUUUUGGGGAGGGGGCGGAGGCGUAUGUUCCUUGAGCGGUUGGGAACUUGCUUGAUUGAUUGGGGGGGUAUGGGGUGUGGGAUAG